AUGUCGUUGUUGGAGAUCUGCGGAGUUAGCGAUAGCGACUGUGAGGCGGGCAUUGCCACAGGUGAAGGUCGUUUGCUGCGGGUUAACACUGCAACAUCGGGGCUGGGUGUGGGUUCUGGGGAAGAGGCUCCAACUGCCCAUAUAAGUCUUUCCAAAUCAAAACAAACAGUUGAGAUGCUGAAAGAGAAGAUCCAUGCUCUGGAGGAAAAAGUGGAGUCUUUGACUGAAGAGAGAAACUUUCUCAGAGACAGACUGGAAGAUGCUCUUAAACUGAAAGCUGAAGUUCCAGAACGGUCCCAGAAUCCUACAGCAUCCCAGGUGGAGUCAUCUGAAGAUACAACAUCUUCUGACUCCAGCUCUGAUUCAUCUGAGCCUUCACAAAAGAAGUAUAAAAAGAAACCAAAAAAGAAGAAAUCAAAGAAAGCACGGGCCUGUGAUUUCAAAAGAGUAAAAACACCUGAGGAGUCUGUUUGUCGGUACCAGAAAGUCCUACGGCUUGUAAAAAGUGGCUCAACAAAGGCGGAUGCCUAUAACAGUGUGGGGGUGGACCGCAACACCAUUGUGAACCAAGCACCAAUUGCAGAGCUGGCUGCUGUUAGCCCUGACAUGUUCAAGAUCCUGAGGGCUGGUUUCAAAAAAGGGGACAGUCUGCUAAAAUUUGCUGAAAAAUGUAUGCCCCAAUGCAUCUUAGAGCCAAAUGCAAGUCAGAUCAGAGCUAUGAAAGAAGCCAGUGGUCUGCUGGACAUUCUGAAAAAGUAA